AGAGGACAUCUGUGAGGGCACUGCGAGAUACCUUACAGAACUAUGGGGACACAUGUACAGAAUGGCUACAGGGCACUGCUUAAUGAAGGCGAGGAGAAUGAAAUGGAAAUAUUUGGGUACAGAACAGUGAAGUGGAAAAAAGUACUAUGUAUUGCUGGGCAAGUGUUUACUCUAGGAAUACUUUGGCUUCUAUUUUACUGGAAACCUGACUGGAAUGUCUGGGCUUGUUGUAUACCCUGCACUCUGGAAGAGGCUGAUGUUGUGUUUCUUAGAGCGACUGAUGAAUUUAAACAAUGCUGUAGAAAAAAUGUUCGGUGGACCUAUAUUUCUGAAACAGAUUCACUAAAGUGUGCUGCCGUGGAUAGCAACUGCAUUGUUAACAAAUCAGUCAUUACCGCAGAAAUGAAAGUUAGAUGUAUUUGGGUGCAGAAAAUCAAGUAUGUCUGGUUACACACAGAAAAAAGAUUUCAGAAAUCUGGAAUGCUGGAAGAUACCUACAUAUGUUCACAGAUCCAUACAAGGUUUGGUUUAGGUCUGAGUAAAGAGGAACAGAAAGUAAGGAGGAUUGUUUGUGGGCCAAAUGCUAUUGAAGUUGAAAUUGUUCCAGUAUGGAAGCUACUCUUUAAAGAGGUUAUAAAUCCAUUCUAUUUCUUUCAAGCUGGAAGCCUCAGCCUGUGGCUGGCAGAAGGAUAUAUUGAAUAUUCUAUAGUGAUUAUUGUGAUCACUGUGCUUUCCAUCAUUCUAACUGUCUAUGACCUGAGAAAGCAAUCUGUAAAACUACAUCGGCUCGUAGAAACCAAUAACAGUUCAGUGGUCACUGUGCACACCAGUGAUGGGGGCAAUGAAGAUAUGGAAUCAAGACACUUGGUUCCCGGAGAGCUGAUUGUCCUUACAGGAACAAGGUUUUUUCUUCCAUGUGACUGCAUUCUGCUGAGAGGAAGUUGCAUUGUCAAUGAAGGCAUGUUAACAGGAGAGAGCAUCCCAGUUACAAAAACUCCCCUUGACAAUGAUACCGACUGCCUCCCAUGGAAAGUCCAUAGUGGGGAAGAUUACAAGAGACAUGUGCUAUAUUGUGGUACUGAGGUCAUUCAGACAACACCAUCUGGCUCUACUCCUGCCACAGCAGUUGUACUGCAAACUGGUUUCAAUACAGCUAAAGGUGAUAUGGUGCGAUCCAUUCUGUAUCCUAAGCCUAUGAAUUUCAAGCUGUACAGAGAUGCAUUUAGGUUCUUGAUGUGCCUUGUUGUUAUAGCUAUUAUUGGAUUUAUAUACUCUGUGGUACUAUUCACAGUUAAAGGGGCAACUGCAAGGGACAUUAUUGUCAAGUCAUUCAUUGUUGUCACAGUUGCCAUUCCUCCUGUACUUCCUGCUGCAGUGGCAACAGGCAUCAUGUAUGCCCAGAAGCGGCUUAAAAAGAAAAAAAUAUUUUGCAUCAGCCCCCAAAGGAUCAACGUGUGUGGGAGAAUAAAUCUGGUUUGUUUCGAUAAAACCGGUACUUUAACGGAGGAUGGGCUUGACUUGUGGGGUGUUGUUCCUUCCAGUGAAAGCAGAUUUCAGAAAGUACACAUGUUUACAAGUGGAAAUAGUUUGCCCUGGAGCCCACUUCUAGGGGCAAUGGCCUGUUGCCACUCACUAAUUUUUCUUGAUGGGAAGAUUCAAGGUGAUCCUCUGGACCUGAAAAUGUUUGAAGGAACCAAAUGGGAAAUAGAUGAAUCACGUGGAGAUCAAGUGGACAGCUGUCAGGAGGCCACAAGAAAACACCAUCUUAUUGUAAAACCAAAAAUGUCUACCAGUUCACUUCCAGAUGGCCUUAUCAUCCUACAACAGUUUCCAUUUUCCUCCAGCCUCCAGCGUAUGUCUAUGGUAUCUCAGGUGAUUGGAAUUGGAGAACAUUUGGUUUUCAUGAAGGGGGCCCCAGAAAUGGUGAUAAGGUUUUGCUGUCCAGAAUCAGUUCCUGGGGAUUUCUAUGAUGAACUCCAGCAAUACACACUGCAGGGUUUCAGAGUGAUUGGCCUGGCAUAUAAAACAAUACUACAAAUGAAAGAUCUGACCACAAGGAGUUAUUCACGGGAAGAGGUAGAGUCCGACCUUGUCUUCAUCGGUCUUUUGAUAUUAGAAAAUCGUUUGAAACCAGAGACGGUUCCUGUACUAUGUGAGAUGAACAAUGCCUUAAUCAGGACUGUGAUGAUCACAGGUGAUAAUCUUCAAACAGCAAUAACUGUAGCACGAAAUUCUGGCAUUGUGCAAAACAAAGUUAAGGUUAUUCUAGUUGAUGCAUGUGAGCCAAUAAAAGACUCUCCUGCCUCCAUUACAUGGAAACAAAUGGAAGGUUGUAAUGGCGAAAGCACUGAAAUAACAGAAAUUGACAUUGAAAAGAUCAACUACUGUUUUGCCAUGACCGGGAAAGCUUAUCAAGUCAUAGUACAAUAUUUCUACAGCCUACUGCCAAAGCUCUUACUGAAUGGUGCCAUUUUUGCAAGGAUGUCCCCUGGACAAAAAUCUGAUCUCAUUGAAGAAUUUCAGAAAAUGGAUUACUAUGUUGCUAUGUGUGGAGAUGGAGCCAAUGAUUGUGGAGCUUUAAAAGUAGCACAUGCUGGUAUAUCCCUGUCUGAACAAGAGGCUUCUGUUGCUUCUCCAUUUACAUCACAAAUAACUAAUAUUCAAUGUGUCCCUGAGCUUAUUAAGGAAGGUCGAGCAGCUCUUGUGAGUUCAUUUGCUGUCUUCAAAUAUGUCACCCUAUAUGCCAUGAUACAGUUUGUAUGUCUGCUCCUGCUCUACUGGCAACUGAAGAUAGUUGGCCUGUACCAGUACCUGAUCCAAGAUGUGGGAGUUACAAUAUUAGUAACCCUAACAAUGAGCUUAUCACAGGCAUAUCCAAAACUGGCCCCAUACAGACCUCCAGCACAGCUGAUCUCACCACCUCUCUUGCUAUCAGUCAUCUUUAAUGUGUUAUUUAAUACAGCCAUCCAGACCUGCGGCUUUGUACUGGUGCAGCAGCAACCAUGGUACAGCACAUCCAACUUUAGUGCAUGCACAGGUGGGAACAGUACCACACAAGAAUUUUCUGAAUUUGAAGACUAUGAAACUACAACCUUGUGGCCAAUAACCACAAUCAGCUGUAUAAUUAUUGCAUUUGUGUUCUCCAAAGGAAAACCAUUCAGGAAACCAAUAUCUACCAACUAUAUAUUUUUUUGCAUGCUGCCUAUACAGCUGGGUGUGUGUCUCUUCAUACUAUUUGCUGACAUUCAAAGCCUUUACAAAGCAUUACAACUUGUCUGCACUCCGACUAUCUGGAGAAUUGCUAUAUUUAUAUUAUUGCUCAUAUUCUUUCUUGUAUCUUACGCUGUUGAGGAAGCUGUCAUUGAAAAUAGACGACUUUGGCUGUUUUUGAAAAGAAUAUUUAAAUAUCAGUCGCAUAGCAAGUACAGGGUAUUAUAUAGAGCUCUUCAGAAUGAUCCCAGCUGGCCUCCUUUAAAUAACACACAGUAUGCCAUAUCAGAUGAAGAGAACAAUGGUGCAGUCUAUUGUAAUCCAUGCUACAAGAAUGAUGAAAUCCAUAGUUGAUUAAGGGAUUACAUGUUAACUUUAGGAGUGUAUAUUCUGUGUCUGAAAUG